GACUUCAGUUGCGAAGUUGUCACCCUCCGGUGUGGUGCUGUUACUCCGGGACUGCUGUUUCACACUUACAUCCUACAUAACUGUAUACAUAUUGUCUUACCAAUAUUUGUAGUUAUGUGCCUUGCUCUGUGCUAACCGUCGUUUGGGUUUAGAUACUAUUGAUUACUUUCACGCGCGACGAUCAGUUUGUCACAAGAUUUCGCACAGUGACAUUCGCAAUUAGCUCAACUGCAGUGUAACGGUGUUAUUUGAACGAAAUAAAAAUGAAAGUGCUUUUGCUCUUGGCUACAUUUUGUGUGCUUUACCAAGCAACCGCUGGUUCCCGCUUUGGCUAUUCGGAACCGAAUCAACGGCGUUGGGCGCGUCAUCAUGGCCAUUGUGCGGGCAAGACACAAUCACCAAUUGCAGUGCACUCGGCUAAAUCUAUUCCAUUGAAUAUGCCAGCUGUAGACAUGAUUGGUUAUCACAAUUUGUUACCAAACCCACUUGUGAUGGUUAACAAUGGUCAUACUGUCGCCAUCAAUAUACCUAAACUGACCGAGGAGGAGAAGGCAAAUGGCGACUUUAUGCCAUACGUACGCGGCGCUAAACUGCCAGGUGAGUUCGAAGUGGAGGGUGUGCACUUCCAUUGGGGCGAUAAGAACAAUCGAGGCGCUGAGCAUGUGAUCAACGACAUCCGUUACACGAUGGAAAUGCAUAUUGUGCAUCGCAAUAAGAAAUACGCAACUCUUGCGGAUGCGCUGGAGUUCGACGAUGGUGCGGCUGUGUUGGGAUUCUUUUUCAAUUUAGACGAAGAUGAUAGUCAAGGUCUGACAGCGAUUUGUCGCCACUUGCAUUUGAUACCGGAAGCAAAUGAUGCUAUGAAUUUGACGAUUACCUUCGCAUUGUCAUCGUUGAUAGCCAAUGUAGAUGUGGAUAAAUUCUAUACAUACAAAGGUUCACUCACAACGCCACCCUGCUCGGAGGCCAUUACAUGGGUGCUCUAUCCCGAUCCGAUACCAAUCUCACCUAAGCAAAUCGCACGCUUCCGUCAACUGCAAGAUACUCAAGAUGGCGCUCUGGUCGAUAAUUUCCGUCAAUUGCAAUCAAUCGGUAAUCGUCGCGUCUUUAUGCGUAACGGUAACAAUAAGCAUACACUUGUGGAGGCGUUGAAGAAAGAACUAGACUACAAGAAGUGGGAUUGGUACAAUUGAUUCGGUGGCGCAGAACAAAUUGUGACACAGCUCAUGUCGCUUGUAACGCUUCAUUAUCGUGCAGACAACUGUCUGGGAGUUUGCUUUUAAGUUAAUUGAAUAUUCUAUUUAUUAUAAAUUAUUAUUAUUCUUAAGCGUAUUGUUUAUAUCGUACGCUUGAGGCGUGCAUUUACUCAUAUUGUAAGCUGUCGCUCUUAAUGUUGCUGAUUUAAUUUUUACUAAUGAGAUAUGCUAAUAAGCGAGUCAAAUUGUAUUAGCAAUAAAAUUAGAAUUUUUAAUUGUUUAAUAAAAUGUAAAUACGACCA